GGAGACGCUGAAGGGUUUGACAGCCGUAAAAUAGAGGAGGUUUGGGGUGCUUAACGACACUGGGGAACAGCUGGUGUGUUUUACGGCGUGGAGGGGAGACGACGGAAAGUUUGACAGGAGCGCGGCCGGCGACUCAAGUAUUUUACGGCACUGGGGGAGGCGGCUAUGCUUUACGGUAAUUAACGGCGGAGAGGCCGCCCCGGGAGUGCUUUACGGCAGCGAGGGGAGAGGUACUGUUUUACAGCAGCUGCGGUGGGAGAUGCCCCGUCGGCGACGGCAGCGCUUUGCGGCACCGCCGACAUAUAGGAGUGCUUAACGGCAGCCCCGGGAGAGAGCCGUAAAGCAGCACGGGGAAACAUCCGGACAGCGACGGGCGCGCUUUACGACAUCUCGGAGCCCAUCUCCUCCCCGCCACAGGUGCGGUUUACGGCAGUGACCGUCAGCUGGGGACAGUCACUGACAGGGACACAUUUUACAGCAGGGCGCGGAGAAGCACGGUGCUUUACGGCAGCACACAGCAACGAGGCCCCGACACUGAUGGCAAUGCGGUACUUUACGGCCGAGGUGCUCCCCGCACAGACAACGGCGGCUUUACGGCAAUCGCCCCGGGCUCUGGGAGCAUUUUGCGACGUUUCCUGGUGCACUUUACAACAGGGCGGCAGUGCUCGUCUUUUACAGCGGUCUCGCUUUACGGCAGCGUGGCCCCAGUGCCUCUUCGUCGGGGACGGUGUAGACUGAACCAACCCCCGCCGUGACCGGGGGGGGCUUGUAGUAGAUUAACGGGCCCCAGGGACUCAAGCGGGAUGUGGACUGAGCCAAUGCGUCCACGAUGGCGGGGGGGGGGAAUUGGACUGAACCAAUGAGUCCAUCCGGGGGGGCGGGGAGAAUUGGGUUGAACUAAUGCAUCCAGUGACCGGGGGGCGCGGCCUGAACAAUUUAUUCCAGUAAUGGAGGGAUGUGGACUGAACCAAUGUGCCCAUGACGGGGGAGGGGUAACUGGACUGGGCAAAUGUGCUCAUGGUGUGUGUGGGGGGGAGAAUUGGACUGAACCAAUACGCCCACUGCUGGGGGGGAGGAGUGGACUGAAUUAUUCCCCCUCCCCUCAGGCUCCCUUAACCCGGGUCAGCCCAGGAUACCGCUCGCUCCUUCCUUCCAAUCUUCUUUUGUUCCUGGAUCGGGUCCCAUCCCAAGCCCCGCCCUUCGUCCCUUUAGGCUCCGCCCCUUGGUUAACAAGCCCCGCCCCACCUUGGGGCUCCGCCCCAUCCCUCUCGGGGCCAGGCAGGGACCGGCAGCUCCUGGCAGUGCCUGCAUCCCCGCAUCCUCCCACCCCGACCGGGCCCUGGGGCAGGAUGACGGUGACGCUGGACUUCGAGGAGUGCCUGAAGGACUCGCCCCGCUUCCGGGCAGCCAUCGAGGGGGUGGAAAGCGAUGUCUCAGAACUGGAGACGCGGCUGGAGAAGCUGCUGAAGCUGAGCUCAGCCAUGCUGGAUUCAGGGCGUCAGUACUGCCAGGCCAGCAAGGCCUUCACCGCCGGCCUCCGCGACCUAGGGGCACAUGCCCAUGGAGACCCCCUCACCAGCACCUGCCUGGAGAAGUUCUCGGACAGUUUCGGCCACAUGAUUGACAACCACGCAGAGCUGCUAGAGAGCACCCAGCUCUCAUUCAGGCACCACAUCCUGACCCUGGUGAAGGAAGACAUGAAGCGCUUCAAGGAGGCACGCAAGGAGUUUGAGCGCGGCGCCGAGGGCCUGGCCAGUGCCCUCCACCACAAUGCUGAGGUGCCACGGCGACGGCAACACGAGGCGGAGGAGGCCGCCCAUGCCCUGCAGACUGCCCGGACCCUGGCCCGCGCCCGUGCCCUUGACUACGUCCUGCAGAUCAACGUCAUUGAAUCCAAGAAGAAGUUCGAGAUCCUGCAGUUUAUGCUGGCACUGAUGGAUGCCCAGGCCACCUACUUCGAGCAGGGCCAUGGGGCCGCCUGUGCCCUAGAGAAGUACCGUACCGAGCUGGGCGCACAGCUCCACCAGCUGGUGCUGGAGUCGGCGCGGGAGCGGCGGGACAUGGAACAGCGACAUGCUAUGAUCAAGCAGAAGGUGCGCUGGUUUUCCAUCUGCAGCAACCAGCUGGUGUAUCAGAAACGUGCCAAGGAUGUGCCCACAGUGGUGGUGGAUGACCUGCGGCUCUGCACUGUCAAGCCCUGCCCCGACCAUGAGCGGCGCUUCUGCUUUGAGGUUGUCUCCCCUUCCAAGAGCUGCCUGCUGCAGGCGGACUCGGAGCGGCAGAGCCUGGGUGUCCACUUUUCCAAGGUGCGGUCCCUGCUGCUGGACUCCUGGGAGCCUGAGCUAGUCAAGCUGAUGCGUGAGCUGGGGAACAGCACCAUAAACGGCAUCUAUGAGGCACGUGUAGAGGAGAUGACAGUGAAAAGACCCCACCCUGGCUGCACCCGGGGAGGCCCAACUCCCAGAUCCCUGCAGACUCUGCCCCUAGCCCCCUCCACUCAUCUAGCCCCUGCCUGUCACUCAGAUGCCAGCACCCAGGGCCUGCUGGGCCAUCCUGUGCUAAGCAGGUGCAGGCAAGGUUGGUGCCUGGAUGGGAGACUGGUUUCAGGGCCUCUUGGUUCCAUGCUAAGCAGAGCAGACCUGGGUCAGCUGCUGGAUGAGAGGCCUUACCUCUCCCGCCCCUUCUCCCUGGUCUUCGAUAGGUUGGCCUGCCUGUUCCUUAAGCGAGGGGCCAAUAUCAACGCCAUGGACGUGGAGGGCAAAGACCCGCUCUCCAUUGCCAUGGACAUGACCAACGCUGACAUCGUCACCCUGCUGCGGCUAGCAAAGAUGAGAGAAGCAGAAGUUGCCCAGGGACAAGCAGGUGAUGAGACCUACCUCGACAUUUUCCGGGAUUUCUCUCUUAUGGCUUCGGACAACCCCGAGCUGCUGACCCGACGCGACCUCAAACUCACCACGCUGUAGCCCCACCCUCUCUCCUGGCACGGAGGGGAGGGUGCCUCCAGGCCCUGCCCAUAUGUUCUCCUGGCUCCACCCCCUUCUCCAGAAGUCUGGGACUCCAGGGAUGGACCUGACCCUGACUGCAGAUUUUUCUCUCCUAUGCUUUGAGCACUGUGGGGGGUUCUUAUGCCCCUCCCCCUUGUUUUAGACUCCACCUCCUUCAUCUUCCACCCACCCCUUCUAUUUAUUAUGUGUUCAGGACCAGUCUCCUCCCUUGAUUCACUGGAGAUUGAAUGGGAGUUCCCAUUUUGAAGGGGGGUGGUUGGAAGCGGGGCUGUAGGUUAGGAGUGAGGGGCGCACCGGCAGGGCUGGAGGGGGUCCUAGCCCCCCCAAUACAGAAGGAAUCAGAGGGCACCUGUACAAAGCUGUCAUUCAAUAAACCAACUGGAAAGAC